UAGCAUCAACAAUUAAUAAGAAAAAAGGGCCAUAAAUGGAAGUAGCAGCAUGCAAACGCAGCUUGAGUAGAAGGGCCUCCUCCUCAUCGUUUCGUCUACGGUCCCCCAGCCUCAACUCGGUCCGUUUGCGACGCGUAUUCGACAUCUUCGACAAGAAUCACGAUGGCAUGAUCACUGUCCAAGAGAUCCAUCAUGCCCUUGCUCGUUUAGGCCUUGAAACAGAUCUCUGCCACCUAGAGUCAACCAUCGAAUCGUUUAUAAAUCCCGCAAACAUUGGCCUCACCUACGAUGGGUUCGUUGCUUUGCAUCAGUCGUUGGACCAAACUUUCUUCGGGUUAGACUUGGAGGAGGAAGAUGAGUCGGAUUUGACGGAGGCGUUUAAGGUGUUCGACGAGGACGGGGACGGUUUCAUUUCGGCGCAGGAAUUGCAGGCGGUGUUGUGGAAACUGGGGUUGCCGGAAGGAAAAGAGAUUGGUAGAGUUGAGCAGAUGAUCUGUUCCGUUGACCAAAACCAUGAUGGCCGUGUCGAUUUCUUCGAGUUCAAACACAUGAUGCAGAGCGUUCUGGUCCGCACCUCUUGAUCGUCCUCCAGUUUCGAUCCU